AUGGGGUCUUUGGAAGCCGCACCAAGGCACAGAGACCCUUUGCCCGCCAUCGGCUUCCUAGGCAAGGACGGUUCGGGGUUCGCUCCCAAACACGCUGUCUCUUCGCCCAUCCCCCUCCACACCUCCAACAUGUAUUCCGGUCAACAACUACCCUACUCCUACGCGCCGCCCGCGACGACCGCCCCCUCCCAACCCGGCUACAUCUCACCGCCAGAGUCGCGUCGGGUUCUCGAGGACGAGAAAGACAAGACCACGCCGCGCCAGUCCCUUCCCUCCAUACACGAGGCCCUCGACCUUCCCUAUCCCGCUCCCACCUCCGCUCCUCAAUCACAACCCGGGCAUACCGCACCGCCCUCACAUCUGAUCGGGCGCUCCGGUGCAGAGGGUCCGUCAGGUCCCCCGAACCCCUUCUCCAAUGGUCCGCCGUCGGGCUCCUUGAUGCGGGAACCGGGCUACCCCCACCAGACCCAGCUGCAGGCCGAGGCCUCGCGCAAUAGUCUGGCUUCGAUCAACACGGCCGAUUCACGGAACGCGUCGCUCCAUUCACUGAGCACCGGCAAGUCCCCGACCCAGAGCGCCAAAACCGGCAUUACUUCAGUCUCCGGCUCGCAAAAUUCCUCCGGCUACGAUUACAGCGCGCCGCCCUCCGCCAGCAGCGUCGCCUCGCCCAACGGCUACACUCACUUCCCUCCGAACUAUUCCUAUUCCCAGCAACCGAGCGGCCCGACAUACCCUCCGGCGCAUUACGAUAGUCGACCGUACAUGGGUGCGACGCGCGUGGAAGAGGUCAAGGGUGGAUUCGUGGGCCGUCCGAUACCGGGUCAACCCCAUAGCGAUUCGGUAAAACGACAUCUAGACGUUUACGAUGUGGAGACGUCUCUGAAUGAGAUUUCGGAGAUGAGCACACGAACGCUUGACUUUUCGCGGCACUACGCUGCUCGUGCACACCAGACCCAACGGUCUGGCCCGGUCUUAGGGUCUCUGCCCUCGCUGGGGGAGGUGGAAGAUAUGCUCCAUAUGCAGCGUCGGAACCAAGAUGCACUCAUCCGGAUACGGACAGCGGUAGUCAACCAGGAACAGGCGUUGGCGGAGCAGCUGGCGCAACGCAAAGCGUACAAGCCUGGGGAAGACGAACACAUGGCCAUGUACCAAGAGGAGUUCAAGGGAACGGGUGGGUUCGCCGGGCCGGACUCGAAAAAACGGCGUGGAAAGGCGGCCCCUCCUGGUCGUUGCCACAGCUGUAACCGAGCCGAAACACCGGAAUGGCGUCGCGGUCCAGAUGGUGCCCGAACGCUGUGUAACGCCUGCGGGCUGCAUUACGCCAAGCUGACCCGAAAGAUGGGCGCUAACAAAGCGGCGACCCUGGGAUCGAACCUGAAGCCCAAGACGGUCCUCGGCUCCGCAUCGCCAACCAGUCAUUGAAGCUGUUCUUCUCUGCGACUUCUUUUUCUCAUGUGGCGUUGGAAAAGGGCGGGAAAUAGAACCGGG